GAGGCAGGAGCCGUCCCCGCCCCUGCUCCCGCUCCGUGCAGCGGCUGCUCGGAGCUCCCGGGACCAUGGAGGCGCCGGCUCAAGGACUGCUGGAAGCACAGCCAUUGCAUGAGGCAGAUGAAGACACUGUUACUGAUAUUGAUUUCACCACCAUAAUUUCUGAAGAAGAGAAAGAAGAGUUAAAGAUUGAGUUAGCCAAGCUAGAGGAUGAAAUUUCAACCUUACGACAAGUGUUAGCAGCCAAAGAGAAGCACCUGGUGGAAAUCAAGCAAAAGCUUGGUGUCAGCUUGAUGAAUGAGCUGAAACAGAACUUCAGCAAAAGCUGGCAUGAUGUACAGACCACUUCUGCGUAUAAGAAAACACAUGAGACUUUGAGCCAUGCAGGACAAAAGGCAACAGCUGCUAUCAGCAAUGUAGGAACAGUCAUCAGCAAGAAAUUUGGAGAUAUGAGAUCACAUUCACUUGGUUACUCUAUUCGCCAUUCCAUAAGCAUGCCUGCUAUGAGGAAUUCUCCAACUUUCAAAUCUUUUGAGGAAAAGGUUGAGACCACUGUCACAAGCCUUAAGACUAAGGUUGGUGGAACAAACCCAAGCGGGGGAAGUUUUGAAGAAGUUCUCAGCUCUACAGCCCACGCCAGCGCUCAGAGCUCUAUUUCAGAUACACGACUUCCUGAGAGCGAAGAGGAGCUGCAGUGUUAGGCUGUUGCCUCUACUGUUCACCUUCAUCCUCUGCACUGAGACUCACCCAUCAACCAUUUUAUAUACUGCCCUCCCAUAUUAAGCUUGAUACUAGUCUCCAUAAUACCUUGCAAAAGGCCUCGCUGAUGUUGUAGUGUAGGAAUUCUUCUGUACAUAUUUGUACUUUUAAUAGGCUAUUUCCUCAUUAAGCAGUUUGUAUUCUAUAGAAAUUGCACACAAAUUACCAGUUUUUAAUGGUCCAUUUUCUAUAAUGUGAGUGACCAAACAGCUCUUGCUUUCUGGAAUUCCCUCCUCCAAAAUCUCCUGAAACCUCUGGUAUUUUAUAUGGAGGAUUCUGUUGGAUAUGUAACCCCAUUUUCAGUGCCACAUCAGACAGAUGGAUCCAGAGCUGUGCAGUGGUUUCUCUAGACAGUAAUCAGCUUUAUGCCAGCUGUCCACCAAAUGAGGCCAGGUGCCCUUUGCUGAGGAAUAUGGGCGCACAGUCCAAGCUACUGCAGGAGUUAAAUAGAAUAAUUUAUUUUUACUGAAAAAGUCUCUUCCUUAUUCACUGCCAUAAUCUGGUGUUGAACUUCACUUCAUCAUGAGAGGUGAGGGGCAGUGAAAUGCAGAGUUAUUUAGAUGAAGACUAAGUCGAUACAGCUAUUCUACCAUAGCAAGAAGAGUUGCCAUGUAAAAGUAUGCUGUUACUUGCUGUGUGGAUGGUAAGACUUGAUGGUGAAACUUGUGUCUUUCAUUCAGAAAUAAGGGAGAAUUUAUUUUUGACUGAACUGAACGAGCUGCACCAGAAUUAGAGCCUUAAGGGAGACCGUGCAUGCAGUAACUAACUCAGUAUGUGCCAUAGGUUAGAUAGAGGGCCUAUGCCUUCAGCCUAUAAAGCUGGUAACUAGUAUGAAAUCUGAAUUUUGCAGUACACAAGAUGAGUAUGAGAGUUGAAGUGACACAAUGACCCAUAUUCUUUCCUGCAUUAGUGAAUCUCAGGACAGAUUUUAAGCAAUUAAAAACAACAUUCAGCGAAUCACCAGAGAUGCCACGAUUCCUUAUAUCCUUUUUAUUGUACUAGAAUGUUUAGGGGAGAAGCUGUACAUUUAUUGUAAUGAUCUGUCAGCUAUCCAGCUUAGGCAAAAGUUCCACUAUUCAUUCUGCAGUAUCACUGCACCUUGUAUUACCCAGUUUACCAGAUUGAGAUGAACACAGGCUCAUCAAGUACAAAACUGGACUGAGGCUGGGUGGGGGGCCAGGAAGGGAGCUUAGUCUAUUUUCAGAAUGGGUUAGUUUGCUUGAUUGUAAUGGAAAGCUUCAAAUCAGCUGUCACAAUGCUGACUCAUAGAUUUUGCUAAAAACUCAUUAGGAAAACCCAGCUUCAACUGGUUUUCUGUAUGAGUUUUUUUGUUUUGUGAGUUUUGUAUGUUCUAGUUCUUACACUGUUAAAAUUCCUCCUUAAUCCAUGUGACUGAACACAGUUUGACUGUGAAUACUUAUGUUUCUUUAAUGUGAUUUAUUUUAUUAUAAAAGUAAAUUAAGUUAGUUUUUCAAAUAGUUUUCUUGUAACAGUUUGCAGCUUCUGUUGCAGUGUUUCUGUGCAUAAACAGAAAAUCUAUUUGAAAGGAGAAAACAAUUAUAGGUCAACAUAGCUUAUGUAAUGAAGUUAGCGCUAUUCUUAUUAAAAAUUAGUUUAUAAAAA